AACGAAGAUAUCACUGUUUAAUUCAACAUGACGAAUAUGAAAGAGAUUGCACCCUUUUAUCAUUCUUCAAGCGGUGAUACGGAGGAGGACAAGAAACUUUUGGAGCCGUUUAAAUACAUUUUACAAUGUAAUGAAAAAUCUGAAUUUACAAAGAUAACAUCUGUAUACAACUACUGGUUUAAAAUACCAACCGAAAAAGUUCAACAGAUUAACGAAAUAAUAAAUAUUUCUUGCAACAUAUGCAUUGUGUAA